GGGAACUUCGCGGGAUUCUCACUCUCACGAUUUUAUACUUCUUAUUAUCUUCCACUUCCGAUCAUUAUACCAGGAGACCUUUUCAUGCUCCUUGCUUACUCCGGCCCUCAAUCGGCCCGGAGUUGCUCGACGAGCAGAGAUUCACGCUUGGGGGUGCGAUCAUAUCAGGCCCUGCCCUCAUCGGAAUGUUGGGCAUGGUGGCGGUAGAGAAUCUUCCCGGGGAAUGACAAAAUGCCAUAUGAGGUGCAGGCUGUCCAAUCGGCUUGAUGCCAGGCAACACAACUUGUCGGAAUGCGGGGACAGGGUGGGAGGAAGCCAGGGGAGGAAAGGAAAGCGGAAGUAUAACAGUUCCUGUGUUGAAAAAUACACUUAUGCUCAGUCAUGCUCACUGUUACAAUCAUGAAAUGCAACAGGUUCAUUGUAUUUCUGGGCUUGAGUUGCUACCUACACGUGUGCAAUGUUGUGAUUGCCAAUCUGAAACCUUUCCGUCAUUGUUGAAAAGGGGAAUGUGCUGGCCUGAGAGACGGUCCACUCUUCCAGAUCUCAACAGCUUUCCCAUAUCCAUGAUUGGGAGUGCUCCUCGCCCCUCUCACAUCUCCUCAUCCUCAUCCGCUGCCCCAGUUUGGUCCCAAAUCCCCAGAAUAUCCAGCCUUCCAAACCCCACAACAGGCGACGGCUACUCGCUUCUCGGUUUCCUCGGAGGCGCCACCCGCCGCAGACAUAUCUCCUCAUCCUCAUCAUGGGCGGGUGGGGAGGCCAUGAUGGCUUCAUGUUUGAACAUCUUGCCCCGUCUCUGCUUCCGCGACAUCAACGAUGCCAGAUGUUUCCCAGGCUCGUUCAUCUCUGAACCUGGAACAUGUAAGACGACGCCAGGCAUGUCGCUUUGACGCAUUAUUCGGUGGCGAAGCCGCACCAUGCGACAAGGUCGUUUUGUCUCCUGUCAUGUAGAAGAGCAUGGAGAAGCGCCAGUAGCUCAACCUUGGAAGGAUAUCUUGUCAUGCGUCUCUUGAUCAAAGGCUGCCCCAACCAAAGUUAAUCAGGUAACACUGGUGUCACUGAGAUUCAGCAUGGAGCCACUGACUGGCAACUGC